CCUCAGCCUAAUAUUUAUUUUUCCUUCUUAACCAUGUAUUGACUAUUUAUUGAAGAGUGAAGGGAUGAAACUCUACCAAGCACUUUGUAAUGGCAGUUUUAGAAGCGCGUUUGACUUCGGUGGACGGGACGUAGCGCACUGGUUCCCGGGACACAUGGCAAAAGGGUUGAAGCAGAUGAGAGCCAACCUGAAGAGUGUAGACUGCAUUAUAGAAAUCCACGAUGCCAGAAUUCCCUUUUCUGGGAGAAACCCAGUGUUUCAAGAGACCUUGGGUGUCAGGCCACACCUCCUUGUCUUGAACAAGAUGGAUUUAGCUGACAUGUCACAGAAAAGGAAAAUACAUGAUCAGCUGCACAGUAAUGGAAUCCAAAAAGUUCUCUUCACAGACUGUCUAAAACAAAGAGAUGAAAAUGUUAAAAAGUUGGUUCCAAAGGUGAUGGAAAUCCUUGAAAACAAUCCUCGUUUCAACAGAGAUGAGAAUCUAGAUUAUUGUUUAAUGGUUAUUGGAGUUCCCAAUGUGGGAAAGUCAUCUCUUAUUAACUCAUUGAGAAGAACAUAUUUAAAGAAAGGCCGUGCGUCUCGAGUUGGAGGAGAGCCAGGCAUAACUAAAGCAGUCCUGACUAAAAUACAGGUUUGUGAACGGCCAUUAAUGCAUUUGUUAGACACUCCAGGGGUCUUGCCUCCUAAAAUAAAUGAUGUUGAAACAGGAAUGAAGUUGGCUUUAUGUGGUACUAUACUGGACCAUUUAGUUGGAGAAGAAAUCAUUGCAGAUUACUUGCUCUAUUCUUUGAACCGUCUCCAAAAAUUCAACUAUGUGGAAAGAUAUGACCUCCAAGAGCCUUGCGAUGACAUCCAACAUGUCCUUAAGCGUAUAUCAGUAAAACUGGGAAAGACCCAAAGAGUUAAAGCCAUUACGGGAGUAGGAAAUGUAACCAUCACUGUUCCAAACUACAGUGCUGCAGCAUAUGAUUUCAUCCGAGCGUUUAGAAAAGGAGAACUUGGACGAGUGAUGCUGGACUGAGCCAAACCAAGGAAAAACAUUCAUAAUUGUGCAAAACUGUAAAUAAAGGAAUUAAACU